AGUGCUGCAUGUCUGUAGGUACAGCAAAUGCAAUGGCCAUGGGCAGGUUUUGUGUGGGAGCUGCUUUCGUCAUAGCAAUUUGGAUGACCGAAGUCUCUUGCGCCUCCCUUGGAGGGACCAACGGGAGAUCCAAAGAUGAGAUCGGCCUGGGAAAUGUUCCACAAAAUGACCUAGCUGAAGUCAUUGAAAUGCAACAACUAAUUGAGGCCCUGUAUCAAGACCACUAUAUUAUAGAAGAAUACCUCAAGUCUGCCGCAAAAGCUAGGGCCUAUGACCACGUGACCACAGCCCCCCUGGCCUCUGACCCCCUGGCCUCGAACAACGUGACUCAAGCCUCUGACCCCCUGGCCUCGAACAACAUGACUCAAGCCUCUGACCCCCUGGCCGCUAACAACAUGACUCAAGCCUCUGACCCCCUGGCCGCUAACAAUGGGACUCAAGCCUCUGACCCCCUGGCCGCUAACAACGGGACUCAAGCCUCUGACCCCCUGGCCUCUAACAACGGGACUCAAGCCUCUGACCCCCUGGCCUCUAACAACGGGACUCAAGCCUCUGACCCCCUGGCCUCUAACGUGACUCAAGCCUCUGACCCCCUGGCCUCUAACAACGGGACUCAAGCCUCUGACCCCCAGGCCUCUAACGUGACUCAAGCCUCUGUCCCCCUGGCCUUUAACGUGACUCAAGCCUCUGACCCCCUGGCCUCUAACGUGACUCAAGCCUCUGACCCCCUGGCCUCUAACGUGACUCAAGCCUCUGACCCCCUGGCCUCUAACGGGACUCAAGCCUCUGACCCUUUUGCCUCUAACGUGACUCAAGCCUCUGACCCUUUGGCCUCUAACGUGACUCAAGCCUCUGACCCUUUGGCCUCUAACAACGUGACUCAAGCCUCUGACCCUUUGGCCUCUAACAACGUGACACAAGCCUCUGACCCCCUGGCUUCUAACGUGACCCAAGCCUCUGACCCCCUGUCCUCUAACGGGACUCAAGCCUCUGACCCCUUGGCCUCUAACAACGUGACUCAAGCCUCUGACCCCCUGGCCUCUAACAACGUGACCCAAGCCUCUGACCCCCUGGCCUCUAACAACGUGACCCAAGCCUCUGACCCCCUGGCCUCUAACAACAUGACUCAAGCCUCUGACCCCCUGGCCUCUAACAACGGGACUCAAGCCUCUGACCCCCUGGCCUCUAACGUGACUCAAGCCUCUGACCCCCUGGCCUCUAACAACGGGACUCAAGGCUCUGACCCCCUGGCCUCUAACAACGGGACUCAAGGCUCUGACCCCCUGGCCUCUAACAACGGGACUCAAGGCUCUGACCCCCUGGCCUCUAACAAUGUAACGCAAGCCUCUUACCCCCUGGCCGCUAACAUGACUCAAGCCUCUUACACCCUGGCCUCUAACGUGACUCAAGCCUCUGACCCUUUGGCCUCUAACGUGACUCAAGCCUCUGACCCUUUGGCCUCUAACGUGACUCAAGCCUCUGACCCUUUGGCCUCCAACGGGACUCAAGCCUCUGACCCUUUGGCCUCCAACGGGACUCAAGCCUCUGACCCUUUGGCCUCCAACGGGACUCAAGCCUCUGACCCUUUGGCCUCUAACGUGACCCAAGCCUCUGACCCAUUGGCCUCUAACAACGUGACUCAGGCCUCUGACCCUUUGGCCUCUAACAACGUGACACAGGCCUCUGACCCCCUGGCUUCUAACGUUACCCAAGCCUCUGACCCCCUGGCCUGUAACAACGGGACUCAAGCCUCUGACCCCCUGGCCUGUAACAACGGGACUCAAGCCUCUGACCCCCUGGCCUGUAACAACGGGACUCAAGCCUCUGACCCCCUGGCCUCUAACAACGGGACUCAAGCCUCUGACCCCCUGGCCUCUAACAACGGGACUCAAGCCUCUGACCCCCUGGCCUCUAACAACGGGACUCAAGCAUCUGACCCCCUGGCCUCUAACAACGAGACUCAAGCCUCUGACCCCCUGGCCUCUAACGUGACUCAAGCCUCUGACCCCCUGGCCUCUAACGGGACUCAAGCCUUUUGCCCCCUGGCCUCUAACGGGACUCAAGGCUCUGACCCCCUGGCCUCCAACAACGGGACUCAAGGCUCUGACCCCCUGGCCUCCAACAACGGGACUCAAUCCUCUGACCCCCUGGCCUCCAACAACGGGACUCAAUCCUCUGACCCCUUGGCCUCCAACAACGGGACUCAAUCCUCUGACCCCCUGGCCUCUAACGGGACUCAAGCCUCUGACCCCCUGGCCUCUAACAACGGGACUAAAGCCUCUGACCCCCUGGGCUCUAACAACAUGACUCAAGCCUCUGACCCCCUGUCCUCUAACGGGACUCAAGCCUCUGACCCCCUGUCCUCUAACGGGACUCAAGCCUCUGACCCCCUGGCCUCCAACAACAUGACUCAAGGCUCUGACCCCCUGGCCUCCAACAACGGGACUCAAUCCUCUGACCCCCUGGCCUCCAACAACGGGACUCAAUCCUCUGACUCCCUGGCCUCCAACAACGGGACUCAAGCCUCUGACCCCCUGGCCUCUAACAACGGGACUCAAGCCUCUGACCCCCUGGCCACUAACAACGGGACUCAAGCCUCUGACCCCCUGGCCUCUAACAACGGGACUCAAGCCUCUGACCCCCUGGCCUCUAACGUGACCCAAGCCUCUGACCCCCUGGCCUCUAACGGGACCCAAGCCUCUUACCCCCUGGCCUCUAACGUCACUCAAGCCUCUGACCCCCUGGCCUCCAACAACGGGACUCAAGCCUCUGACCCCCUUGCCUCCAACAACGGGACUCAAGCCUCUGACCCCCUUGCCUCCAACAACGGGACUCAAGCCUCUGACCCCCUGGCCUCUAACAACGGGACUCAAGGCUCUGACCCCCUGGCCUCUAACAACGGGACUCAAGGCUCUGACCCCCUGGCCUCUAACAACGUGACUCAAGCCUCUGACCCCCUGGCCUCUAACAACAGGACUCAUGCCUCUGACCCCCUGGCCUCUAACAACAGGACUCAUGCCUCUGACCCCCUGGCCUCCAACAACGGGACUCAAGCCUCUGACCCCCUGGCCUCUAACGGGACUCAAGCCUCUUACCCCCUGGCCUCCAACAACGUGACCCAAGCCUAUGCCCACGGUACUACAGCCCCCCUGGCCUCUAACAACGUGACUCAAGCCUCUGACCCCCUGGCCUCUAACAACGGGACUCAAGCCUCUGACCCCCUGGCCUCUAACAACGGGACUCAAGCCUCUGACCCCCUGGCCUCUAACAACGGGACUCAUGCCUCUGACCCCCUGGCCUCUAACAACGGGACUCAAGCAUCUGAUCCCUUUGCCUCUAACAACGUGACUCAAGCCUCUGACCCCCUGGCCUCUAACAACAGGACUCAUGCCUCUGACCCCCUGGGCUCUAACAACGGGACUCAAGCAUCUGAUCCCUUUGCCUCUAACAACGUGACUCAAGCCUCUGACGACCACAAACUGGCCUCCGACAUCUCUGGGAAGCUUGCUUCGAGUCAAAGCAACAACUCCAUGAUGCCCAUUCAUGACAAUCAAAAUGUUUCACAAACAUCGCUAAGCAAAGGUUGCAGGAAACGCUAUAAGGCCGUUGGACUACAAUUGCUUAAGGCGAUCUCAAAUUAUAAGGAUGUUAAAGAAGUAAGCCGAGAGUCGGAUCAGGUGAACGCCGAGGCAUCAUCAGGAACUGACCCCAGAGCAGUCGGGGCUGCUUUGGGUGCCAACGAUUUAGCCGCUCUGAAUAAUGUUUUAACUGGACUACAGCAUAAUGGACAACAAACUGACUAUAAUGAAUGUAUGCCUUGAUAAUAAAAACUUUUAA